CUAUAUUUUGGGGACGGACUUGCGCCGGCCCAUAACAGUGAGACUGUGAGGCUGAAAAUUGAAAGUGUUUAAAGGCUUGAUUCUUGAGAGAAACUUCCCAAGAAUUUAGAAGCAAAAAUGGCGAUUGAGGCUUGGUACAUGGAGGAGAGCGGCGAGAAUCAAAGAUUCCCUCUUCAUCGCAACCCACCAGAGUUUGUGUCCAUGAGCAAGCUAGAAGAGUUGGGAGUCUUAUACUGGCGUCUGAAUCCAAAGAACUACGAGAACGAUGAGGAGCUGCGCAAUAUUAGAGAAAGCAGGGGCUAUAACUACAUUGAUUUUCUGGAUUUGUGCCCAGAGAGAAUGGAGAAUUACGAGGAGAAACUGAAGAACUUCUACACGGAGCACAUCCACGAGAACGAAGAGAUUCGUUACUGCUUGGAAGGCAGUGGGUACUUCGAUGUGAGGGACAAGGAUGACCGUUGGAUUCGCAUCUGGAUCAAAGAGGGCGACAUGAUCGUUUUGCCCGCCGGAAUUUACCAUCGUUUCACCCUCGACACUGAUAACUACGUCAAGUUGAUGCGGUUGUUCAUGGGAGAGCCAGUGUGGACUCCGUUUAACCGUCCACAAGAGGAGCAUCCGGCGAGGAAAAGCUACAUAAAAAAUUUGAUGGAGGAGAGGGUAGGCAUGCCAGUACCUCUUGAGGCUCACUAAGCCUCUUCACUUCUAAGAGACAUGUAGCCUUGCGUUGCUUUGU